UGGAACUUCCGAAAAUUCUAUGUCAUGUUAACAGCUUUUUGGGAUAGUCUUUUAAAAAGUUACAAGUUUUUGUAAAAUAUUUAAAAUUUGUUUUUAUUUUUUUGGUAGCCGUUGCUACUACGAAAGGGUCCUUAAUCCAUGAAAGCAAACCCGUAAGGGCAGUAUACAGCGGUUUUAGAACAGUUGAGUGGAAAAAUCGGACACCAUUUAUAUAAGCCCAAAAAUUCCGAUCGAAUGGAUAUGACCAGAAUUUGACCGAUGCGACGAUAAAAUGAUCUAGUGCUGCUCCCACCGCUGGAGAAAGAGUCUCUGGAGCUGCUCCCCUCCUCCGGGGCCUAAAGCCCCAAGUUCAAGGCCCCCUCCCCCGGUAAGGGCCGCGUACCUGUCCGCAUCGCUUACCUCUGUCUGAUUCAUCCGGUGUCUCACUCCGGUCGCUUCUCCGCGGUGCGGGAAAAACACUUCGCGUCGUUUUUGUUUUUUUCUUCUUUCUUUUCCUCGCGGUUCUGUUUUUCUGGUGUUGGUGCGUGUGUCCAAACGUGGUGUUUCGAUGGAAACGGGACAUGGAUGCCGAUAAUCGCGGGCCGAUGAAAUUCGAAUGGAUAAUCGUCAAGUUUGAGCUUGGGUGAAACUUUUCGAGCGCUUCACGGUUCCACGUGUUGAUUUUUUUCUCGUAAUUUUUGAAAAAAGAAAAAAAAGAAAAAUUGAAGUUCUAGUGUGUGAGGUGUUUGUGUGUUCGAGAAUUUUUGCAGAAAGGAUUAUCGUGCGCUGAAAUCAUGAAGGCGGGAUUAUACUAUUAUAUUUUGCUGACGGUAGCUGCUAGUAUUGUAAGGACACGAUCAGACGAAGCAGAAGAAAAGCGUAGUAGUAAAAGUGAAAAUUUAGAGGACUUCCCAUUGGAUGAAAAUGAUCCGUCUAGUGAUUUUUUGAGGCAGAGUAAUAUUACAGCAGAUUACUCUGAUCGAGAAAAUUAUGAGGAGCCCUCAAUGGAAUCAAAACAGAAAAUUAUUUUUCAAAAACUGAUCGCGGAGGCCAUGAAAAAGCCUGGAGCGUAUCAAACAUUCGCUCAGGUGCUGCCAAUCUUGCGGAUGAUGUCGGCGCCACAGCGGCUAGCCCUAGCAGGGAUGGUCAUGAAGCAGCUCACGGGAGCGGGCGAGGGUCAGUUCUCGGAUGACCGCAACAACACGAUGAACGCCGAGCUCAUGCUCCCGAUCAGCAUGGACGUGGCCAAGAUGUUCCACGGGGACCCAGGCACCUCCUCUCUCGGAAGGAGCACCGGUGGAUAUGACACAUUUUAUCCGAACAGGAAUGUCCCGACAAACUUCUACAGGCCUACCGGCACGACUAUCUAUCCUGCCCGACGGCCUCCAAUCCAACCAAACAGAAGGACCGUUCUGGACAUACCUCCAGAGCUGCGGCCACCUCCACCUCCUCCAGGGUUAAUCAACCCUGCACUAAGGCCUCCUUCGCCUGCGUUACCUCCGAAUAAACUUAGACCUACCCUUCAAAUUAUCGCUCCUCACAGAAACAACGCACCUGGUCCCCAUAUAGAGGACGACUGUAAACUCGUUGGCACUUCACUUUGCUCGGAGGUCGGCAAUUAUCCAGAAACUGAAAUUUUGGAGACAAUUGAAAGUAUAGCAAACAAAGCUGCUUUCGAUGUUUUGCUAGAAAGCACGAGAAAUUCCACCGAAGAUUACAGUGAAAAUCCGCGACCUUUAGAAAGGCGGAUCUCAGACGACGACCACGGUCCGCAGAUAUGUAGUUCCAGCAUCACAAGAGUACGUCCAAAACGAGGCAAGGCAGCCAACGGCCAAUGGAAGUAUAUAGUCAAUACUGGGGAAUAUACUCAAACCCUUCGACUAGAAAUGUGCCAAAAACCCAAGGAGCCAUGCUCGCUAUUAGCUGAAAACUAUCAAUCUGAGUGCGUGCAAACAUUUAACUACCACCGAUUAGUUACGUGGGACAAAUCCGCAGGUCUCACUAUGGAUAUUUUUAGGGUGCCAACUUGCUGUUCCUGUCACAUCACGGGUUUGCCAACCUUUAUGAAACCUCCGCACAAAAAAUAUCCAAUCCAAGAUGAAUUUAACGAGGAUAAUUUUGUCGUAGAUGAAGAGCCUGCUCCGGUACAAAGAUUGCCCCCUCCGCGACUUGUUCCAAGGAAAACUGCAGCCCACAGUACUCCAAAAAGAGAUUCAACAUACGUCAGACGGCCUAGUCCACCUCACCAAGAGGCUGAGGAGUCAAAAAGGGUAGAGAAUACGAUCCGAAGAACCCAAAAUACACCUAUCAAGUAUGUUGAGUCGAAGCCGACAGGCCCAGACUCCCGGCAGGGCGCUAUCCCAGCGGCCCCGUCCAAGUCGGAGAUCGAGGAGCUGCUGGCCGAGGUGGCCCAUCACUCACCGCCAUCCGGGGCCCCGAAACCAGCCUCGAAGCGCAUCAACUACAGUUACCACCCGAUCAUCGACUUCUUCAAGUCGAGCCCCCCCGGAGGGCCUCUCCCCCAGACGGUCGACCCCAAGACCCAGCGACGGAUGGACAUCGCCGAUAUGCCCGACGUGGACGACUGGACACCCAUCGACGGACCCAGAUCUCUCUAACCCCAGCUCCCUGCCUUGCGCCCACCGUACCCCUAAUAUUACCACCACCAGUGGCGCGGCGUGAAUGAUCGAUUAUCGAUAUCUCCCCAUUUGGAGCUAUGGUAAAGAAUCGAUUACUAAGGUGUUCGCUGCGGACACCCUGAUAAUCGAUCUUUUUUCAUGGGCUUGAGUGGCGUAUCAAUUGAUAUAUCGCACAGCACUCCACGCCACUGACCACCACCACAAACGACGAAUAUUGUAUUUGACGUCAGUGGCGAGGUGUAAAUGAUCGAUUAUCGAUAUUUCUCCCUUUGAAGCUGUGAUUAAGAAUCGAUUUUUAUGGUGUAUGUUCCGAACAACUAUUUCCCAAGUAGAAGUGAUCGCGAUAAAUAGCGAUUUUAUCGGUUGGAUAUUGCGAUUAUGUUGGUGGCAAUUUAUCGGGAUAUUUUCGCAUUAAAAAUUGCAAUGUGUGGCUGUGGCCACCAUAACGCUACACAUGGCAAAUUUUUGGUUUGAUAAAAUCAGGGUCAAUUUUCGUCGAUGAAAUCGAGAUUAAAUCGCAAUUUAUCACGAUUUUUAUUGCGAAA